AUGCAGUUGUUCGCGGUGGUAAUGGUGGCGGUGCUGGCGGUUGGGGCCCGAGGCAAGGCCGUGCAGGUGUCGGACAACGAGAUCCCCUCGGGGGCGGCGGAGGACCGAGGUUUCGCCGCCGCGGCGGAGGACCCGGCCUGGCGCUACGCCGGCAGGGUGCUGGACGCGUGCGGCGACAAGGAGCUGGCGGCCUGCCUGGGCGCCAAGGCGGUGGCGGCGCUGGGGCGGGCGGAGGCGGCGCCGCGCAUAGCGCUGCUGCCCGGGCUGGCGCUGGUGAGGAGCGCCGACGCGCCGGCGCGCGACGCCAAGGCGCUCGCCUCGGAGGCGGAGGUGCACAACAGCCUGGAGCAGGGCGCCGCCGCCGGCGACCAGGUGGGGCGGCUGGCAGACAUGCUGCUGGAGGCGGCGGCCAGGUUCUUCCGCUCGCACGUGCUGCAGUUCCGCCUGCCCGAGGGAGCCGCGCAGCCGCUCCAGAGGGCACUCGACGAGGGCCGCGGCAAGAAGAAGAUCCUGAAGACGCUGAUGCCCCUCAUCAUGGGCAUAGGCCUGAAGCUGAUGGCGCUGCUGCCCAUCGGGCUGGGCGUGAUCGGGCUGCUGGCCGCCAAGGCCCUGCUCGUCAGCAAGGUGGCGCUCAUCCUGGCCGGCGUGCUCGCCGCGCAGAAGCUGCUGGGGUCCGGGGGCGGCCUCUCAGGGCUCGGCUCCGCCGCCGGCUGGGCCUCCGGCAACUCCGGGGGCGGCUGGAGCAGCAGCCCGCCCGCCGCCGCCGCCGCCGGCUGGGCCUCAUCCGGCCCGGGGUCGUCCUCCUACUACCGCAGCUUCGACGCCGACGCCGCCGCGUCCGCCCACGACAUCGCCUACAAGGCGCAGGCGCCGCAGAACUGA